AAUAGUUAUUUUAUUUCUCCACUAUGGGAGGAGGAGAGAAAGCUUCACAAAUUCUUGUGCCAAUAAAAGACCCUUAAUGCACAAUUACCCUGCAACAUCUAAGAAACAAAUCAGUGAGGAAGCAACAAUGGCUUCAGCUCAGUCUGUGAAACCCUCUACUGCCGUUGAAGCCUGCCAACCGAAAACCCAACACAGCUCAAUCGGCCAGAAAAUAUCUGACAUUACUAAUAAAGCUUUCAAAGGACACCAUGCUCGCCAUGGCAGUACUCAGAAUCAAGUUCAAAGCUACAGCUCCCAAAGUCAGGUUGAAUCAAACGGCCACAAUGGCACCAAAACAGAAACUCAUCACUAUGGUCAGUCUCAGACCCAUCAUGACAAAAAGCAUGGUGUCACCAAAACCCAUAUCACAGUUUGUGUAGUUCAAGCAGAAAUCACUGAAACCAAAGAGGGUCCUUCUCCUUAUGGUGAAACUACAACAUGCUUUGGAACUUCUACUAAGAAAAACAGAGAGCUCAACAAUAAGAGAGAUAUCAAUUUGUUCCAGAGGAUUAAGAAUGGAAUGUCCCGCCAUAACAGUGAAGGAAACAGCAGCAGCAGUGACAGCGAAAGUGACAAUGAGAAGAAAUGUUCAAAGACUAAGCCAAAGGUGGGUGCAAUUGACGAUGAGAAGAAAUGUCCGACGACAAAGCCAAAGGUAGGUGCACUUGACAACGAGAAGAAAUGUCCAAAGACAAUGCCAAAGAAUUGAUGCACAGAUCUAGAAGCUGCAAACGGAUGCAACUGAGCAAAGUUUGUCUAUUUAAAUGAAAAUCAUCUUUUUAAAUAAACAGUGUCUUUGUAAUUUUAUUAUGUCAUUCUUGUACUCGAUAAUUUGGGCAAAUAAAUGCCCAUAUUUCACUUGUCUGUGUGUACCUUGUGAUGAAUAAUAGAUAUUGAACUUUGCAUA